AUGAAUGGGGAUAAUAGUAGAUUGAGAAUUAAAGAAUAAAAGAAGAUUAGAACAAAGGAUAGAUAUGAAAGAAGAAGAAACUAGAAAAUGAAAGGUUUAGACUAAUCUUAGAAUUCCAUAUGUAAAAAUAAAAUAUCUUAAUCUUAGGAUGAAGGUAAUAAUGAUGAUUAAUAGAUGGACGAUGAGAAUGAUGAUUAUUAAAAUGAUAAAUAAUUGAGUGUAGAUUAGUAGAUCAACAAGGGGAAUUAUUCAGAAAAGAAUAAAUAAGAUGAUUUAAAAAAUCUUGAGAAAGAUUAUUCCAAGUAUGACAAUAUCAAAUUAGAUAAAAUAGGAAAGGAUUUUAAAUGA